AUGUCACCACUUUCACCUCAUGUCACCACCUUUCACUUCAUUGCACCUCAUUUGACCGUGCAAACAUCAGGUACGAGAUCUGUACGACCUGGGUGCAGAGUCGACCUUCCAGGAGCUGAUCCUGCCACCCCCCGACUCCCCCCUCGACCGCUCUACGUCUCCACUGCCUCCCAGAUAGGCAUUUUACCGACGCGAGGAGUGCCGAGUCUUCCCCACCGACUGCUUCCAGACAAUGCAGGCCUCUCUGUGUGCCUUGCCUACCUGCGCUCGCUGCUGCUCAGCCCGCCGCCUCCUCACGUCGCCACCAGCAUCCAAGAUGCGUGCCGCCGAAUGUAUCACCUGCCCGUGCUGCCCGAGUUCCUCUGUGUGCCGCCCUCGCGCCUGGUGAAGCUCAUCUCAGCAGAGGAAACAACCUCCACAGAGCUGCUCCGAGUGCGCGCGCUCGCUACAAACCUUCCUGGAAAUGCUGCAGGAUGCGGUGUGGUGAGGGAAGGGGGGCUGAGGCAGCUGGCUCUGGAUCUGCUGGUGCCCACGCAAUUCGUGUGUGGCCUGCCUCUCCACGUCGACACACUGGCACGGGAUUGUGAGACGAUAUGUGCAAUGGUGAGCAACGUGUUGCUGGAUGACACUGCCCGCUUGAUGGACCCACCAGCACCUGCAUCUGCACCUGCUGCUGGGCUAGUGGAGGGAGCACAAGGUGAAGAGGAGGAGGAAGAGGAGGAGGAGCUGAAUGGGGAGGUGGCCCGGAGAAUUUCUGGGAUGCAGCAACAGCAGCAGCAGUUUGGAGUGGUGGGGGCGAAGGGAGGAGCAGCGGGAUGGAAAGCGGAGGAGGAAGGGGAGGACGGAGGGGACAGGGGGUUGGCGAUUAGUGGGAGUGAAUUUGAGGCGAUGGAAGAUUUUUUUGAGGAGAUGGAGGCGCGGUGGAGGGGUCGAGUGCGGUACGAGCACAUACAGGCGGAGUGCGAGAAGGUGGCCAGGGCUGCAGAGCGGUACAAUGAAGUGGUAAGCUGUGGGGGUUCCGUGUUCCGUGCUUUACUUCACUUCCCCUUUCCUCUUCUUCCUCUCUCUCUUCAGUUGCCUCCUCUUGUUAUAUUCCCCCUCUCUCGCUUCCCCUUCCUCCUUUCUCUGCACACUUCUGUUCUCUCAUCCUCUUCCUUCCCUGUUGCAACCCUCUUUCACAACCUUUUGCUCUCCGCACCACCUCCUCUUUUCCUUUUUUCCCUGUCCUUCCCUGCCUCGCCCCAUGCACCACCCACACCAGGUGAAGCAGGUUCUGAUGCCGUUUGUCAACCGCAGUCGCAGCCUCUCCCCACACUCUUCCUCUUCCCUUACUGUUUCCCUCUUCGCCCGAUCCCUCUGCCUCCCCCAUUGCACCACACCCGCCAGGUGAAGCAAGAUCUGAUGCCCUUUGUCAUCCGCAGUCGCAGCCUCUCCCCACGCACCUCCUUCGCAGCGGCCAAAAAAGUGGAGAUAGCAGCGUACCGAGACUACGGGGUGCUGCUCAAAGGGACCCGCGCCAAGGCAUUGGUGAGCGCGCAAGACCCCAGCGACCCCCUGCAAGCGCUGGUGCAGAAGCUGGUGCCGGCGUCGGUGGAUAGCAAGGGCAAGAAGGUGGGCGACGGCUGGUACUCCACUCAUGACGUCGAUGAAGCGCUUUCCGAUAGCAGUCAAGUCAAGAUGGCUGGCGACUGUUGGGGGAGCUGCUUUGUACUCCAUCCAUUCAUCCCGUUGACGACUUUUGAGGCGCCUCAAAAGGGGAGCUGCUUUGUACUCCAUCCAUUCAUCCCGUUGACGAAGCUCUUUCCGGUUCCCUACUGGCUGGACAACACGCCCGCCUCCCCCGCGGUCCCCAACACGGUCGCCCUCUCCUCGCUCGCGCUCCUCACGGGCCCGAACGGCGGGGGCAAGUCGUCUCUGCUGCGGUCGGUGUGUGCGGCGGCGCUGCUGGCGUCGUGUGGGCUGAUGGUGCCGUGUGUGGGGUCGGCGCACGUGCCGCGGUUUGACGCCAUUGUGCUGCGCAUGAUGCCCGCUGAUAGCCCCUCCGAUGCCAAAAGCUCGUUCCAGUUCCCCACUCCCAAUCCAAUCAACCCCUGCCUCCAAUCCCCCGUCCCGUCCCGCGUCCCCCCGUUCGCGCCCUUCUCCCCUCCUCCCCUUCUCCCACAGAUGGAGAUGAUGGAGCUGCGCAGCAUAACACAGGACGCAUCCCCGCGCUCUCUUGUCCUCCUGGACGAGCUCUGCAAGGGCACCGAGCCCGACAAGGGCGCAUGCCUUGUGGCCUCUGCUCUUGAGUUCCUGGACCAGUCGCGGUGCGUGGGCGUGCUCUCCACGCACUUCCACCGCGUGCUCGACCUGCCACUGCAGCUGCAUGGGGUGGUGCGCCUGUCCAUGGGCACGCGGAGGAGGCCAGGGGAUGGGGGAAUGGAGCCCACAUGGCGGGUCACUCAGGGCGAAUGCCGUGUCACGGGCAGUGGCAGUGGGAAUGGGGCAGCGGUGGCUGCUCCUGCUUCUGUGCCCAUUCAAGCGGUUGGGGGUGGUGCUGGUGGGGGGAUGCAUGAGAUUGGCGGCGUCACUCGUGCCCGUGCAUUCAUGGCCAUAAGCGAUGCAGUGCGGAUGUUCGAAAAUGCAACUGCAGAGGCAGUAGCGAUGCAGGAUGCAGGAUUAGCACAGGAGCAAGGACCGUUGCUGGGUAUCAACGGGGGUUCAAGCACGGAGGUCACUGGUGGAGAGAAAGGGCAGAGUCUUCUUGCUGCUGCUGGGGGUGGGGGAGAUGGGGUUGCACGGGAAGGGGUGCGAGCGGUGGUGGUGAUGGGGAUGUACAUGCCGUCUGCGUCGGUGGCUAACUACCAGUCGUUUCUGUACCUCGUGUGCCGCCCCGAUGGGAGGUUCUACGUGGGUGAGACGGACGAGAUAACACUGCGCAUACAGACGCACCGGAAGAAGUACGCCAGCACGCCAAUAGCCAUCAUCCCCGUGCUCAACAAGAGCGAGGGACGAUUCAUCGAGACGCACGUGAUCAAGCGCCUGAGGGACGCGGGCGUGCCGCUUUGGAACCAGGCGGACCAGUACCACAAACACUUCGGCAGCUCCGGCGCCCCCCCCCCGCCGCCCCUCCUUCCCCCCGCCCUUCUGAGGCGGAAGAAGGGGGGGGUGGAGCAAGGAAGCGGAGGGCAGGGAGACACGCACUGUGUACCGGACACGAGGUUCGGAGGUUGGGUGGCUGGGGGCUGGGUGGUGGUAUGA